AUGGCACCAACCAAGGAUUCGACGUCGGUGCCCUUGGCCGACUACUUCUUCAUAUCCGGCAUUGAGUCGACUCAGAUCUACGACGAACGCGAGCAUGCUGCCACCUCCCCGCCGGCGGUAGACGAGACCAUCGAGGAAGACAUUGCUCUCGAGACAGACAGCGCCACAUCGCCCAGGCCCUCAACACCAGGCUCCCCAAACACGGACAGGACGAAAAGGGGAUCAUCUCGCUACAGCUGGGAAGCGCGGAAAAGCAUUAGCAGUGUCAUUGGUCCUGGAGAUUACAAGCCGACACCAAGCAAUCGCAGUAGCGCGACUAUCAAGGGGCUACAAACAGAAGCGCCCGGUCUAAGCGAUGAGGAUUUCGAAAUUGCGCUUCGCAAGUUCGCGUCCGAAAGGGAGAAUUUCCUGGAAGAGAUUCAAGUACAAGCUGGAGCAGUCGUGCCGCAAACAUCGCGGACACCGAAACCAAGACCGAGAACAGUGCGCAUCACAAGCGCCGAGGAGGCAGCAAACAAUGCGGCAGCACAGAAGGGAGGUAUCGGUGGAUUAAGGAGGCGCCUAUCGACCAUGAAUAGCAUGAAGAGACAGCCCUCAGUGUCAGUAUCAAGACAACCCUCGACACGCACUUCCAAACGACUGAGUGGCUACAACUCUGUCAUCCCUACGCCGAAGCCUUUCAAGGCUUCACCCGACAUGCACCCCCUGAAACGACGAUACGAACCCGUUCUGCUCGACAGAUACCCUCCGAAAGCUCAAGACGAUGAAAUGAAGCGAAGAUGUCCAUUCCCCGAUUACGUACCUAUGUUUGCCUUUCCGAACGACGUCGUUGUUGUCUCAUCCGACGAGCGGCCAAGAUCGACAUGGCAUGGUUUUGCCAUGACCACCGGCGAUGGUUCAAAGCUACACGCUAUCUGUAUCACAGUAUGGAUGCCGCUCAACGAAUCCGCCUCGGUCGAGCUUGAACGACAAUGCGAGGCAUGGCGCAAAGCCAAUAUGAGCGAUGAAGAGAGGGAACUGGCGAGCAGCUUAGGGGAACGACUAGCAGGAGAAAGAGCAAAGCUAUCGAGACUACUGGCCGAGCUACCCAACGCUGCGCAAGGCUCGGCUGAAAGAGAGAAACUUGACGAUCAAAUCAGCGCCGUCGAAGAGAAAAUCUCUCUCAUGGCCGAUCUUCUGCGACCAGUACGACAUGGAGCGGCCUCCAAAAUCGAAGGUCUCACAGAUGGCGAAAGCGGCUUCUGGAUCCCGCGAUGCUAUGGUGUUCUCGGCAAAGACGGCGCCAUGACAAGUUUCUGGAAAGAGUGGCUCAAGGCCAUCGUUACGCCCAUGACGAACGGUGCCGUUCUUCGCGUGCCUCCAAGUUCUCCCAAAAUCGGCAUGUGGCAGCCGCUCGAACGAUACGUCGUCAACUUAUGCGUCGAAGCUCCGAGCCCCAUGUCCUCUAGCACACAAAUCGAGGUGGCUAUUCGAGAACUGCGCUUGUACGCCAGAAAGGAGGCCGAGAACGAAAUUCCUGGCUCUCGGAACAGCGAUAUUUACGCUCUUUUCCGAUCGCUCUCCUUGAACAACAUUGUCACUCUGUUCGAAUACGUCCUUUCCGAAUCACGAAUCAUCUUGCUCUCAUCACACACAUCCAUGCUGCAUCUUGCGAGCGCCGCCAUCACCAGUCUGAUCUACCCUCUAAAGUGGGCCGGUGUCUUUAUUCCUGUUCUCCCAGCACGACUAAUCCAGGCUCUCGAAGCCCCUUGUCCAUACAUUGUGGGUGUGGAGCGAAGAUACGAAAACCUCGAAUUUCCUGAUGACGACUUUGUGCUUGUGGACCUUGACCAGGACACGAUCGAAAGCACGUCACGACCCACGCUCCUGCCUCGCCAACAGCGUAGAAAGCUCGUCGCUUCGUUGCAAGCAGUCGCGCCUCACCACACACGUUACGGCGUGCCGGUCGGUCCUCCCUCAUACGCCAUCGAGACCUUCCCCAACAACGCAUUCUCCUCCGAGAACCCUCAGAUUUACAGUCAAAGAGCCACACUCUCGAGCUUGGCCUCUUUGGUUGGUGCCAAUUCUGCAGCGUUUGCGGAGAUGCCUGUGCCUACGCAGAAUCGCAAUAUCGUUCUCAAUGCCUUCCUCAACUUCAGAACUGCUUCGCGAGGAAGCGACCGCCCUUCUACAGGCUCAACCACAAGAGAAGACCGCCGAUCUUCAUCUACCAGAUCUCCACCAUCUCCCACCAUUCCUUCCCCGAUAUCACAGACCUUCCCUACGACCCCAGUUUCUCGCAAUGAUUCAGGCUACAGCAUGCAGACUUCCCUUCGUGAAAAGCGCUCUGGACAUUUCGAUGUAGCAAGCAGGCGCAAUUCGUCCUUCGGCUUUGAUCGCAUGGCCAAUCUUCGAAGACCUAGUGUUGCUAAUGGCGCUCAGCCCUUCAUCAGCCAUACCAGCAGCAUGUCAACAUCGACCCUGGCAAACUCUGCCGGCUACGCGCCCUCUGUGUACGCACCGUCUACCCUCGCCGCUUCCACCAUCAUGCCCAACGCUGUUCAGCCUUCUUGCCCUCGUGACACCGACACCACCAAGUGGGUCGAGGGCCAUUGCCUAGUGUGGCGCCCGCGCGAAGACAAGACAUACUGCAGCAUCUGCGAUGACAAAUGCGAAGAUGGUGUCUACCGCUGCGGUGGAUGCAACACCAGCGUACAUCCCCGCUGCCUUCACGAGAUCUCGGUCGUCUGCCCGCUCGCCUUCCGCACCGAAGCCGUCCGUGCUGUCUUUGUGCGCUGCUUCGCCUCGCUCCUGUACACUUACCGUCGCUUCAUGCAUCCUGCAUCAGGUGAGCGCAGAAAGGCAGGCAUGGUGUACCACUUCAAUAUGGAUCAAUUCAUCCGCAGUGUACCUGGCGAGCAGACCGAGCACAUUGCCAUGAUGCGUGAGACUCAGAUGUUCAAUGAGUUCAUCCACGAACGCGAGUCUACUAGAGCCGAACAUCCUUCCAUCAAACUCUUCGACGAGAUCAUCCUCGCCAAGCGAAACAGAGGUCGAGGCUCUAUAUUCUCCAAGCACAACACUUCCUGGUUAUUCGACACGUCGGAACAUCUAUGGCGUUCGGCAUCUACUGCAGCACCCAACUCUCGCUUCCCUGGUGACUACCGCCAGGUCGUCAGUAGGAUCCCUGCGAAACUGGACACUACACUCAUGAAAGAGCCCAGAGCAGUACAAGGUCUUCCUCGUCCACAAACGCGUACAAAGCGCAAGCCUAUACCCUCCAUGAUGGGCUUGAGCGUCGACGAAGAGACUCCCGCAUAA